AUUGUGGAGUUUGGAGGAAUAGAACCAAAUCCAUCACAUGAAACAUGUAUUAAAGCUAUUAAGAUUGCUAAAGAGAAUAAAAUUAACUUCUUGGUUGCAGUUGGAGGAGGGUCAAUUAUUGAUGCAACAAAAUAUAUUGCACUUGGAAUGGAACAUACAUAUUCUGAUGAUCCAUAUGAUAUUUGUCUAAAAAGAGGAAAGUUUAAAGUAAAUCCAGCAAAAGCAAAAAUCGGAGUAGUUUUAACAAUUCCAGCUACAGGAUCAGAAAUGAAUAGUUGGGGAGUUAUUUCAAGACAUGCCGAUAAAUUAAAGUUAUCAUUUAACAACGAAUCAAUUUUUCCAACAUGGUCAAUUGUUGAUCCAUGUUUCACUAUGUCUCUUCCAGACAAUCAAAUUAGAAAUGGACUUGUUGAUUCAUUUGUUCAUUGUAUUGAACAAUAUAUUGGAAGUUAUCACUUAAACCCAGUUGCAGAAGCAGAGGCUGAAGGAGUAAUGAGAACUAUCAUUGGAGUAUCACACAAAACAUUAGAGAAUCAUCAAGAUUAUCAAGCACGAAUUACAUUCUGUUAUGCAGCAACAGUAGCAUUGAACAUGUCACUUUUAUGUGGAGUUACACUUUGUGGAGGUGCACAUGCAGUAGGACAUGAAUUAACUAGUUAUUAUGGACUUGCACAUGGAGAAACAUUAGCAAUUACAGCACCAGGAGUAAUGAGAUUUAAUAAAGAGAAGAAUGCAAAGAAAUUGAUUCAAAUGGGAGAACAAGUCUUUGGAAUUAAGAAUAGUACACCAGAAGCAGCAAUAGAAGCAACAGAAAAAUGGUUUAAAUCAAUUGGAAUGAAAACACGAUUGUCAGAAUGGGGUAAAGGAAAAGAAGAAUUUGAAACUAUUGCAAGAAAGUUUGAAGGUAAUCCAGCUGGUGCACACAAAGAUAUUGAUUAUAAAGGAUGUCUCCAAAUUCUUAAUGACAUUUAUUAA